AUGUGCGGAUCGUUCCCCGAGCCCGUGUCGCGAUGGCUAACUCGCUUCCAGGUAGUUCGCUCCUUCGAUAAUACGCGCAGCGAGACAAUUCAAUUUCAUACCCCUCUCACGUUGAUUGUCGGGUACAAUGGUUCAGGAAAGACGACCAUCAUUGAGUGUCUUAAAUAUGCUACGACAGGUGAUCUUCCGCCAAAUAGCAAAGGUGGUGCUUUUAUCCACGAUCCGAAGCUAUGCGGUGAGAAAGAGGUUCUAGCCCAAGUGAAGCUCUCGUUCAAAAGCACUUCCGGGGCUAAAAUGGUUGCCACGCGCAGUCUGCAGCUCACAGUGAAGAAGACAACCCGGCAACAGAAAACGUUGGAAGGACAGUUGCUCAUGGUGAAGAAUGGUGAGCGUACCGCUAUCUCAUCACGGGUAGCUGAACUCGAUCAAAUUAUGCCACAGUAUCUGGGUGUGUCGAAGGCCGUAUUGGAUUCGGUCAUUUUCUGCCACCAAGAUGAAAGUUUAUGGCCCAUGAGUGAACCUUCCGUGUUGAAAAAGCGCUUCGACGAGAUAUUCGAGGCUAUGAAGUACACCAAGGCCAUUGAUAACAUCAAAGCUUUGCGAAAAAAGCAGAACGAGGAGCUUGGAAAGUACAAGAUUAUGGAACAGCAUUCAAAGGAGGACAAAGACAAGGCAGACCGUGCCGAAAAACGAUCCGUCAAGCUUCAAGAUGAGAUUGAAGCCCUGCGCGAGGAAACCCAGCAGAUGUCGAAGGAGAUGAGACGGGUUGCUGAACUUGCCGAUAAGGCCUGGACACAAUCAGAAAGUUAUGCGCAGGUUCUUGGUGCUCUUGAGGGAAAGCGGAUCGAAGUCAAGAGUGUAAAAACUACUAUUGACAACCUUAAGAGGCAUCUUGUUGAGCUUGAGGAGUCUGACGAAUGGCUGGAAUCUACUUUGGAGCAAUUUGAGAUGAAGCAGAUUCAAUACCAGCAGCAAGAGGAGGCCGAGAAGGAAAAUUACAUGGAGAUCAAGGAACGCAUCGAGCAGACUCGACACCGGCUGGGUCUGAAGCAGGCCGAAUACGGAAAAUUCGAGAAUGACAAAGCCAAUUUCGAGCGUCAGGUUCAAAGACGUCAGAAUAUGAUCAACGAUAUUGGUCGUGGGAACAACAUUCGAGGCAUCGACGAAACAAUGGAUCAAGCCGAAAUUGAUGCCUUUAUGCAAAAGAUCAAACGCCUUCUACGGGAGCAAAACCAGUCGCUCGAUCGCGUCAAGCGUGAAGCGCAGAAGGAGCUGCGCGAGAUCCAAGAUAUCUUGAAUGAGAUCGGGCAACGCAAGUCUGCACUCCAGGAGAGCAAGAACUCAUCUAAACGUCAGAUUACGGCCAAUGACAAGGAAGCUUCCAAUUACCAAGGAAAACUCAAUGCCAUUGAGGUUGAUGAGGGCUUCCAGGCUACUCUUGAGUCGAAUGUUGAAGAUAUUACCUCGAACCUAGAGAAAGCAAAAGAGAGAGCCAACAAUGCUUCCUGGGACCAAGAAAUUCAGGAUACUAACACGGAAAUCCGUCGUCUCGAAGAUGAAAGUUCCAGGUUGAAUGCCGAGUUGAUUGAGUCGACGAAGAUGGCUGGUGAAUUGGCUCGCUUGGACCACCUCAAGAAAGAAUCCAAGGACCGAGAACGCAGUCUACAGACGAUGAAAGGUGCUCAUGGCGAUCGCCUUCAGAAGGUCAUUGGCGUAGACUGGCAGCCAGAGACACUGGAGCGUGGGUUCCAACAAGCCCUUGAUACCGAAUCAAAACAGGUGUCCGAUGCUGAACGAGACCGUGACGGCGUCAGUAGAGAACUCGAGCAUGUCGAGUUCAAACUUAAAACCGCUAAGAAAACCAUUAAGCAACGCCAGAAGGAACUUGAUGAAUGCGUCAAGGAACUACACGAAGCAGUUGAUGCUGAACCAUCCGAGUACCCUGAAAUUGUUCAAGAACGACAAGCACAAUAUGACCUUGCUCGCAAGGAUGCUGAUCAAUAUGCUGGAAUGGGAGAGUAUCUCACCAAAUGUCUUGACGCUGCUAAGCGGACUAAGUUGUGCCGGACAUGCCAGCGGUCAUUCAAGAAUGAAAACGAACUCCAAACAUUCACCAGGAAGCUUGAGGCUUUGGUGAAGAAGGCUGGUCUCGAUGCCGAGGAUGAGACUUUGAAGAGUCUAGAAGAAGACCUUGAGACUGCUCGCAGUGCCAGUGCAUCCUACGAUACCUGGGUUCGUCUGUCAGAGACGGACAUUCCAGAAUUGGAAAAGGAAGAGCAGGCAUGCGAAGCGCAACGUGAUCAACUCAUGGAUAAACUGGAAGCCCAUGAUGGAACGGUCAGUGCGAAGACGGAAACAAAGCGUGAGGUUGAAGGACUUGCAAAGACCGUCAAUACCAUUGCCCGUUAUGACGCUGAGAUAAAAACCAUCAAGCUUCAAAUCCAAGAGCUUUCCUCUAAACAGCAAGAUACAGCCAGUGCCCGCACCCUGCAGGACAUCCAAGAUGAGAUUGCCGCGAUCGGUGAAAGGUCCCGGGAGUUGAAAAAGGUUCUAGCUAAGGCAACGAAUGAGAAGGACCAGACCCGUUCUGAAAUCAAUCAGCUGGAGCUUGAGUUCAGAGACGCGAAGAGCAACUUGGACAAUGCCAAAUUCCAACUCGAAAAGAAGGCUGACCUCACUCUUCGGAUGGAGGAGUACAAGAGGCUCAACACCCAACAGCGAGAAGCAAUCGAAAAGGCAGAUCGAGAUAUCGAAGCCCUUACACCAGAAUUGCUCCAAGCUCAAGCCCGUUAUGAUGAUAUUACCCAACGGGCCGACGAUCGUGAACGGGAUCUGCAGCAUGAAAUCACUCGCCUGUCUGAGAACAUUCAUCAACUUGACCUCGCCAAUGAUGACAUCAACUCGUACAAUGAACGAGGAGGUCCGAAUCAGCUUGAACAAAGCAAGCAAGAGCUUGACACGAUCGAAGCAGAGAUCGGUCAGCUUGAGUCUAAACAAAGCGAGAUUACAAAGCAUAUCAACAAAAUUUCGACUCAACUCAAGGAUAGUGAGAACACAAAGCGGCAAUACUCGGACAAUUUGACAUAUCGCCAAGCCACUCGAUCUCUAGACACAGUCUUGGAAGAGGUUGAGCAACUAGAGGCACAGAAUGCCGAAGUCGAUCGUGGCCGUUUCAAGCAAGAGUCGGAGCGCUGGACUCGCGAGCACAAUGCCCUGGCUGCUAAACAGGCGAGCAAAAUGGGUGAAAUGAAGUCCAAGGACGACCAAUUGAUGCAACUACUGGCCGACUGGAACACAGACUACAAGGAUGCGGCUUCUAAAUACAAGGAGUCACACAUCAAGGUCGAAACCACCAAAGCUGCAGUCGAAGAUCUGGCUCGGUAUGGCGGGGCCCUUGAUAAAGCAAUUAUGCGCUACCACGGGUUGAAGAUGGAAGAAAUUAACGCCAUCGUUGGCGAGCUGUGGCAGAAGACCUAUCGCGGAACGGAUGUUGACACAAUCCUCAUUCGGUCCGACAACGAGAACGCUAAGGGCAACCGAUCCUACAACUACCGCGUGUGUAUGGUUAAGUCAGGCGCAGAGAUGGAUAUGCGAGGUCGUUGCAGUGCAGGCCAAAAAGUUCUGGCUAGUAUCAUCAUCCGUCUUGCCCUUGCUGAGUGUUUCGGCGUCAAUUGUGGUCUUAUCGCUCUCGAUGAACCCACCACAAAUCUGGAUCGAGACAAUAUCCGCUCUCUGGCUGAGUCUCUGCAUGAUAUUAUUCGUACUCGCCAGCAGCAGGCUAAUUUCCAAUUGAUCGUCAUUACCCACGACGAGGAAUUCCUGCGUCAUAUGCAAUGUGGUGACUUUAGUGACUAUUACUACCGGGUUUCACGCAAUGAGAGACAGAAGUCAAUUAUUGAGCGACAAUCUAUUGCUGAGGUCAUGUAA